AUGAAAGAAAUUCCUUCUCCUCUACAGCAUAAUGGACCUACAUCAGCGCCAGCUCCUGCACCUUCAGGUCGCAGGCAGUCAAUUAUCGCUCCUCAGCAGCCAACGAUCAUCACUCAGGGAAAUUUGCAACCAAUGAAUAUGCAACUAAGUAUGCGACCAAACUUUCAGACGAUGAAUCAAACUUCCUUGCAACAGUCUAAUAUAAACCCUACAGGUUUACAGUCUAUCCAAAGACAGUCACCAAUUGCACCUGGAAUGCAACAGGCGGUUCCAGGUAUGUUACAAGAGUCACAACAACAACAUCUAUCACCUGUGAGAGGAUUACAAUAUCCUACAUCGCGGCAGUCAGCGCCGUCAGUGGGAACGACAGUCUCAAAUGUUUCUCCUAGAUUACCUCGCCAACUGCCUACGCUGAAGCAAUCUACUCAAACUCCACCUAUAAUGUCAACAGUAGGAGUUUCAACAUUUCAAAAUGUACCGGGUCCUCGCCCACCGAGUCGAGUCCCUCAAGGAGUAACUCCAGGAAUAAUACAACCCAUGAAUGCACCGUCACAAUUUUACCCAUAUAAUGUGGAUCCAACGAAUCUUUAUAGAUCCGGACCUAAUGUAAGACAACCUUCCAUGGGUUCUGGUAGAAUGAACUUACCUCCACAACAGCAAACCAGUGUAAAUACUUCAUCUAUCCCACAUAAUUAUCCAUCUUUGCAUCAUACCUCUCAACAAUCAAAUCCUUCAAUGCUACCACCGCAGAGUCUGCAACCUCACCUAUCACCUAGGUUAUCGGCUCAUAGCGAUUUACAAUCAACUUCAGCUCGUACAACACGUCCGCCAAUGCCUAUACCUGACAUAAGACAAUCUACUUCUACACCGCACAUGUUAACACAAGGUGUACAACAACUAUCAAUACGUUCCGUUCCAGAGACGACUUCAAAGGCGACACAGGGUAUUCUACCCGCUGCUUUACGUCCUCCUGAGGGUCAACGUUCUGUACAAGAAUCAGGUCCGCAGGCAAUGCAGGGCAUUCAGCCUAUCUCACACACGUCCGGUCGUACAUCCCAGUCCUAUCUUCCCGACAUGCCUCCGCCAGCGAUUACACAAAUUCAAUCUUCUCAACGUAGCACUCCUAAAUUACUGCCACAAACCUUAUCACAACAAGUUACGCAUAAUUCCCCAAUACAACUUUCUCAGCGAAUUAGUCAAAAACAAAGUUCUCCGUUAAUUUCGCAAGCGAUUGUGAAAACGUCACAAACUUCCCCAAAGCUUCCACAUUCAUCCACUAAAUCAUCUCAUAGAUCGCAUAAAGGUGGGCAUCAUGGUUCACAGAAAACCAUACAACAAUCAAGUCAAUUAACGCCAAGUCAACAAAAAGCUGCCGAAAAACAAGUUACAGAAGCAGCUCGUGUACUAUAUUUGUCUUCGAGUAAGCCCAUACCCGACAGUACUGUAUCACGUGAUGAGAAUAUGUCAAGAGAGCAAGAAAUAGGAUUGGUACCACAUAAUCGAGGGCAUAAAAUGAAACAUAGAGCUGAAGCAUUAGAUAGUGGUGUCAAAUUAAGAGCACCAUAUGGAUACGUUGAGGAUAAAGAGGAGGUUGAAAUUCCUAAUGGCACAAGGCGACCCAUUAUUUACCGAGCAAAUAAAGAGGCGACGAACCAAGCAACAGAAUUUGAAGGUGAUCCUAAUGAUAACCCAUAUAAGGAUAUUAAUGUUGAAGAUAUUCUUGGACCACUAGAAAAACCCGAAGAUGCGGUGCGCAAGCCACAUUAUCGACGUAUACUUAAAAGCAAGCAUUUAGAAUCAUUAGCGAAGGAAUUAAUGGAAAGGAUUGAGAAGGAACAUGAAUUUAAUAAGAAGAUAAGCAGAUUAAUGAUAGUAUUCCAAGGGGAUGAUGUUAUGCAUCAAGACCUUGAUUUCCGAUUAAAUCCUCCACCGGAGACGGUUAGUACACGGGUGUUCAAAGCUGAAGAAGUUGAAGGAGGAAAAAAUUUUGGAGUACUCAAUGUGGGUUUACAAGGGAAUGAUCGAAGUAAAGGAAAGAGGGCCCAAGAAGCUAAAGAUCAAGGUUUAGUAACCUUGAAUACAGUGCGUGAACAAUUACAGGAGCAACUUGAACAUAGCAAUGAGAUAUUAAGACGAUACAAUGAGACGAGGGAAAGUGUAUUAAAAGCUAUAAGACAAAAGAAUAUGAUAUAUAAAAGAUUAUGUGAGAUUGAUAAGCAACGUAAGAAGGAAGAAAAGAAUAGUGACAAGACUAGCGCGUCACUAAAGAAACAUCCACACAAAGAAAAGGAGAAAGAGAAGGAAAAAGAACGUGAAGUUUAA